AUGAAGGAAGAGGAGGCUGGGAAGCCGGGCAACCUGGAUUCUAACCACAACCAAGAGCAGGAACACAACGAGGGACAACAGGAACAAGUUGCAGAUACCGCCGCUCAAGGUACGAGUACCAUUCUGACAGCAGAAAAAAGAAACAUCACGUAUCCCAAAAUGAGCACAACUUUUGGUCACACAGCUUCUCCAUCAGCUGUAGAUACCAUUGAGCCGCAACAGCACCACCAGGAACAAAGAAUAGUGAGCCAUAUGUUGGGUACUGACGAGUCCAACAGAAUUGGACCCAUCGACACCAAUGUAGCUUGGGUCGAUACGAUACAAAAUUAUGACAAUCAUGGAAUUAUGCCUUUGCCUCGAUUGGGACGGAGUACUGCCAACAGCAGGGCCCAAGUACAACCAGGAGCCUACCCAGGUGGAGGAGAUUUUCAAGGAAUAGAGGAGAAUUUGGAAACAGCAGAGACACACAUUGAACCAGCCACUGAGGCACUCGACUUGUUAGGGUUUCGACCACCUACGAUCGAACCAGAAAAUGACAAUAGUGGUUUGGUUGUGGCAAACUUGGUUGAAGAUGAAACAGCCCCUCAGGAUCUGCCCCAGGCUCAAGAUUACACCUGGAAAUGA